GUUGCUAGCAACGCCUCCUUUCUACACUGGCGAAAACACAGCUGUCUCAGACCAGAAGCCCUUGUCUUGGUAGAUGACUUCUUGUGGAAGGCCCAUAUGAUCGCAGUGAUAGCUAGGCUUCGCGCAGCCGUCCACGAUGAAUAGCCAGCCCCUGCACCCAGGCCCCGGAGCCGCCUUUGACCGCGAGCGCGACAUGGAGGAGCAACGCCAUCGUGCCCUCCAACAGGACGAGAUUGCCCGACGGGAACGAGAAAGAGAGCGCGACCGUGACCGUGACCGCGACCGUGAUCGUGACGACGCUGAGCGCCAGCACCGCGAACCCUACCAGCCCGCUGCCCCCCAUCACAGCAGUGCCGGCUCCCUCCCUAUCCACCAACCCGUCGCAUCCAGAAUAUCAAACUCCAUCACCGGCCCUGGAGGCUUGCUGGCAAACCACAAUAAUCCUGCCCCCGCUCUGCCAGUUGGUGGACCUCCCGGCCCUGCGCCUAGCUUUGGUGGAGCGCUUCACUCUGCCGAGGCCGGUCGCCCCCCUCAGCAUGGCGCCCCCGGAGCUGCCCCAGCCCCUCAGCACCAGAUGUUUGGACCUAUGGUACAUGGACCAAAUGGUCCUCCUCCCAACUCCUUGGCUGGUGCCGGUGGAGGGCCGGGACCAGCUGCCAUCUUCGGCGGGCCGUUGCAGCAGCAGCAGCAGGAGAAUGGGCGGGCGCUGGCGCAAGAAGGGGCCCGCAGCAUGCAGCAGCUCCCCUUUGGCCCCGGCGUAAAUCCUCCUCAUGGCAUGACUCCUGGCUCAAAUAACAUGGGCCAAGGGCAGCAGCCGAUCUUGAACGAUGCGUUGAGCUAUCUUGAUCAGGUGAAGGUUCAGUUCUCCGAACAGCCCGAUGUGUACAACAAAUUCUUGGACAUUAUGAAGGACUUCAAGAGUCAAACAAUCGACACGCCGGGCGUGAUCAAUAGGGUGUCCGAGCUUUUCGCUGGCCAUCCGACGUUAAUACAAGGGUUCAACACCUUCCUUCCUCCUGGCUAUCGCAUCGAGUGCGGCCUGGAGAACAACCCCAAUAGCAUCCGCGUGACCACCCCAUCCGGGUCCAUGAUUCACUCGAUCGGAGCGCCCCGACCAGCGCAACUCGAGCCAGCACCUCCGACAUCGAACCCUCCUCAAGGAUACAUUGGCACCGUGAGACCUGGGCCGUGGCAGCAGGUUUUGCAACACAGCGUGGAAAGUCCCGAGGCUGCCUUCAGUGUCCCGGCCCAGAACGGUCCACCAGGGUUCCCUGGCUCAAGCCAGAGCGCGUCUUUCGAAACUAGCCCGAAUCAACCAAGAUCAGUGCCGGCGGUUCCCAACGGUUCUGCCCUGAGCCAACCUCCAGUCCCGCGAACAGCACACACUCCAACACCUGGCGCCGGUCCACCAAGUGCAAACGGUUCUGCCGCUCAGCAGGCCAGCAUGGAAAAGCGGGGACCCGUCGAGUUCAACCACGCGAUCAGUUACGUGAAUAAGAUCAAGGUACGCGACUUUUUUUCCCCUGUUGCUCCCGUGCGUAUUGUUUCCUAUUCACCUCGAGUCUCAAUGGGGCACCUCAAUGGGGAGUCGAUGGGUCAAGCAAGCACAGAGUGGAUACACUUUUUUCUCUCCCUGGCACAACGCCCAUUGACGCCUUCUCUUAUUCAGAAUCGCUUCCAGGACAAACCCGAAAUCUACAAGCAAUUCUUGGAGAUACUCCAAACGUACCAACGCGAGCAAAAGCCCAUCCAAGACGUAUACUCGCAAGUCACGACGCUCUUCCACUCGGCCCCCGAUCUUCUCGAAGACUUCAAACAAUUUCUCCCCGAGUCGGCCGCGCAGACCCGAUCCGCCGGUCAGCGACCUGACGAAACGAUGCCCAUGGCAAUCACCACUCCCACGCCCCAGCCCGGCAGUCUCCAGCGCGACGGUCCCAAGAUGCCUCCGGUUGGCAAUUUUGCGCCACCGGCGAGCGCCGCGAAGGAGACCAAGAAGCGACGCGCCGAGAAACCUGCGACUGCCGCAUCUGCCUCUGUCGCGAACGAACAAGCGCAGUCAUCUGCUCUCCGCGGAUCGUUACCUGCCGCCACGACUGGCAACAAACGGAUGAAGGUGACGCACAAGCCCAACAAUGCCGAUGUUGCCUUUAUCGAGUCAACUUUGACUCCCACUAUGCCCGAGCCUCUCCCUCCCACUCCCAUCAACAUUUCCCACCAAGACGAGCUUGCGUUUUUCGAGAAAGUCAAGAAGCACAUUGGCAACCGAACCGCCAACACAGAAUUCCUCAAGCUGAUCAACAUGUGGAACAACGACCUGAUCGACACACCUACCUUGGUCUACAAGGCGAACCAGUUUAUGGGCGGCAAUCCCGAGUUGCUUGCCAGUCUGCGGGCUAUCCUCAGGUACGACGACGCCACAGAUGAUUUCGUCGAGAACAAACCCGAGCCACCCACGGGCAAGGUUUCCUUGAGCAAUUGUCGCGGCUUCGGCCCGAGCUACCGACUCCUCCCUAGAAGGGAACGGCUCAAGCCUUGCACCGGCCGCGACGAGCUCUGCCAAUCGGUUCUCAAUGAUGAGUGGGCGUCACACCCGACCUGGGCCUCCGAAGACUCCGGUUUUGUUGCCCACAGAAAGAAUGCGUACGAGGAAGGUCUCCACCGUAUCGAGGAGGAGCGCCAUGACUACGACUUCUUCAUCGAGGCCAACCAGAAGUGCAUCCAGCUCUUGGAGCCCAUUGCUCAUAGCAUGCUCAACAUGCCGGCGUCAGAAAGACACAACUUCACCAUGCCUGUAGGACUCGGAGGACAGAGUACUUCGAUCUACAAGAGGGUGUUGAAGAAGAUCUACGGCCCGGAGAAGGGCUGCGAAGUUGCCAACGACUUGUUCCGAAACCCCUACGCCGUUGUACCUAUUGUGUUGGCGCGUUUGAAGCAGAAGGACGAGGAGUGGCGAUUUACGCAAAGAGAAUGGGAGAAAGUGUGGCAGAACCAGACCGAAGCUAUGCACCUCAAGAGCUUGGACCACAUGGGUAUCCAAGUCAAGAUCAGCGACAAGCGCAGCCUCUCUGCUAAACAUCUCGUCGACAGUAUCAAGACCAAGCACGAAGAACAACGCCGUAUCCGUCUUGCAAAGGGUCAAACCGCACGAUACCAGUUUCUCUACAAGCUGGAAGACCAGGGUGUUCUCCUCGAUUUACUUCGCCUUAUGGUGGUCUACGUCAAUAGCAAUGGCGGACACAGCGGCGUGGAGAAGAGAAGGAUCAUCGAGUUCUUCGAGAAGUUUAUUCCCACCUUCUUUGACAUUCCCGACGAGAAGUUCCAGGAAAGAAUCAACGACAUCGAGGUGGAGUCCGCGGAAGAGGAUGAGGAUGACGGUACUCUUUUGGAGCUCACCAAUGGCCGCAGUCGUCGAAAUGGCAAGAAGUCCGACCUCCUUCGCGGCGUCUUGGAUCCUGGCCGCAACGGCAGUCGUAGCAGAGGGCAGAAGGAGGGCAGUGCCGCCUCGGGCAGCAAGGAGACAACACCCGACGUUGGAUCUGCGAACGAGGAAGAGAUGCCUGACGCCCCAGAGGAUGGCUCCGUUCCUGAAGUGUCGAAUGGCCGCUGGCUUCCCACGAUCCCACGGCCUGCCAUUGUCGAUAAAAGCAAGGGUGAUCCAGUGAAUGACCUGGUCGAUCUGGACGGCGAGUUGAAGGCAGAUGCUCCAUUCACCCGAUCGGUCUACAACUUCUACUGCAACCAGACCAUCUAUGUCUUCUUCACCAUCUUCACGACGUUAUACAAGCGAUUGUUGGAUGUCAAGGAGAGCAGAGCGAGCGUUUUCGAGGAGAUUGAGCGUGAGCAGGCUGAGAAGCCAGCCAAGACCUUGGGCACAGUCAACGGUGGCUUGAAGUUCUUUGAACCCACUAACCCAGAGUCCUUCUGGCCAAAGACUGUCCAACUGAUUGAGGACUACAUUGGUGGUGAGGUUGAUGAGAACCGGUACCAGGAUGUGUUGCGCCACUACUACCUCAAGAGGGGGUGGAAGUUGUACACCAUUCAGGAUGUCCUCAAGUCUCUGUGUCGUCUUGCGCUCCAGUGCAAUAACCCGGACGCAAAAGGUGAGAAGGCCAAGGAACUAGUCAAGGCCUUCCUUGACAGCCGGGCGCAGAGCGAGACGAGUUUCCAGAAUGAGAUCAGUAUGCGCAAGUUUGCCGAAAAGUGCAUCAAGGAUGGGGAGAUGUUUGUCAUUAGUUGGAACCCCAAGGGUAAAUUCGCCACCACCCGCUGGCUCCAAAAGGACGAGACAACGUUUUACACGGACGAGAUGGAGCGGGUGCAGCAGUGGCAGUACUACAUCUCGUCGUACAUCCGGAUCGAGAACACGGAAGGGAUCCCGCGGUCUCGGCUGCAAAAGGUGUUGCUGGAGCGGAACCUGCCCUCGGACGCUAAGGACUCCUCUGACGAUGGUUUCUUGCCCAAGCCGCUGGUGUACUCUGAGAACCUGAUUGUCCGGACCUGCCUCAACUCUUACAAGAUGGUGUUUGAGCAGGGCACUAGUGACUGCGCCGUCUACAGUACCGAUUCGGCCAGGGAGGUUGAGGUGGAGGGGGACGAGGACGCGGCACAGGCGAUGUUUUCGGCGGAGUUGAGGGGGGAGAAGAUCAAGGAGAGGUUGUUGAUUAAUAACCAGUGGAUGAAGGGGCAUAGUCAUGAUGAGGUGCAGAGGUCGAAGGAUGAUUUUCAGAGGUGGAUGGAUGGGGUUGUUGGAGGGGUGGAUGGAGGGGAGGGACAGGGGCAGGAUGUGGCUAUGGAGGGUUGAGAGGGGGGGAAGGAUAUGGGUAUGAACGGAUGGAACUGAAUGGGCUUAUGGAGUUGGGCGCAUUUGUUCUUUCCCUUUGAGCAGAUUUCACUUUUUUUUUUUCCCCCGAGAGGGUAAAAGAACGAUAUCCUGGGUGUUUUAUGUUCCUUUUAUACAAGAAUACCUUAGUCGAGCGCCCCUUUUUACUUUUGCACAUAUGAUUGUUGUUGAGCUACCCGGUUCGGUUCACUUGUUGAUACGAUGGCGGGGAGGAUGGGGGCUGUUUUUGGUGUGAGUUGGUAUGUGGCUAUGGUUGGGAGGGUAGAGAAGUUGGAGAGGCAGAAACAAGAGCUUAUAACUAUGGAGUUUUUUGAUGAAAAUGAUGGUGGUUUGGGAGGGAGGGGAGAAUUUGGCAGGUGAGGCGGGCGGGCGUUUGAUAUCUGUGAUUAAACUUGAAUGACGGUCUUGAUCUUGGUGACUCUCCUAUCUUUGUUUUUCUGUUCCUUGGAAGGGGUGG